AAUGGGAAGGACAGAAAUAAGUAAUAUCGUUCGGCGCAAAGUUUGCAGACCACACUUUAUACUUUACGAAAAUUGCAUUCUGAGUUCACAUUCCGAAAAUUUCACCAUGAUUCACCCUAAAUUCUCGACAUCAAUUUUGAUCCCAGAUCUUAUUAAUCCACCACUCACAAAACAUAGUUACGCAAUAAUUCUAUGAAUUUAGAACCCCCCUGCAUUUUGCUUAGUUUCGUACAACAUAAAUUAAUUGUGAAGAAAGAGCUGGGUUGGGUUUUUCUUUAUUUUGUAAAUCUUUUAUCACAUAGAUAAUUGUUGUAGACGAUUUUUAUUGGUUUCCGCCAUAUGGGUUUUCAAAUUUUAUUGGAAAAAUUGAAAACCCAUUAACGGAUUCGUAAAUGGAAUUGCAGUAAUCUUGUGACAAGAAAGAGCUGAUUAUGGGGAGUUUUCUUGGUGGGUUUGUGUUGCCUUUGCUGCUUUUGGCAGCUGCUUUGAUGAAUUGGAGUUUGAUCUCUCUUGUUGAUUUGUUAGCUUUUCUCCUCAUUCGAUUCACUGCUCCAAAAAGAGGAUUUCGUUUUCGAGGGAGACUUCUGUUAUUGUGGUCUGUUUUCUUAUUUUCACUACUUAUUAUUCUUGUGCAAGUAAUAUUUAUUAUUUUAUGGGCUAUGGUGAAUGUUAAGUGGAGUAUAGCCGAUGCUUGGUGGGCAAAGCUCAUUGGGUUGAUGAACAGGCUUGACUCCUGGAGUUCUCCGUUAGUGAUCUAUUUCUUGGUUGUACAACUCUUAGUGGCUUUUGUUGCUUCUGUUGAAAUCCGGGGGCACAAUUUUGGUUUGGUUCCAUGUCAAGAUUCAUGUUGGGGACAUCUCUCAUCAGUUAUUGGACAUCUAGGUUCUCAUCUUAGGGUGGCUUCCUGCUUGCUGUUGCCUGCCAUUCAACUUCUUGUGGGAAUUAGCAAGCCCACGUGGGUUUCCCUACCAUUUUUUAUCGGUAGCUGUGUUGGUCUUGUGGAUUGGUCUUUGACAAGCAAUUUUCUUGGCCUUUUCAGGUGGUGGAGGCCUCUUUGGCUGUAUGGGGGCUUCAACAUUUCCCUGCUUUAUGUGUAUCAGCUCCCUAUGAGUCUCCCAGAGAUAUUACAAAGAAUUGCUCAAUUUACUGGUCUGUACAAAAUAUCUGCUAAAUCUGAGUGGCCGGAAAUUUGUUCGGGUCUUUCUCUUACUGUGUUCUACUUCAUGCUAUCUUGCAUUAAACAUGAUUUGGAGGAAAUGAGUUUUAUUAUGUCUACGACAGAAGGCAGCUUGACUGAGCAACUUCUUCCAUCAAUGCAUUCUUUUUUUAUUCGAGAAUCAAGGUCUGGUGUAAGGCAUACCAACGUUUUACUAAGGGGAUCAGUGUUUCGAACCUUUAGCAUCAAUUUUUUCACGUACGGUUUCCCGGUUUCCUUAUUUGCUCUUUCCUUUUGGAGUUUCCAUUUUGCAAGUAUCUGUGCAUUUGGAUUACUUGCAUAUGUUGGGUAUGUCAUAUAUGCCUUCCCAUCCUUGUUUUGGUUGCACCGGUUGAAUGGGCUGCUUCUUGGCUUCAUCCUAUUGUGGGCUGUUAGCACAUACAUCUUUAAUGUGGCGUUUGCAUUCCUGAAUUGGAAACUUGGGAAGGACAUGGAGAUCUGGGAGAUGGUUGGGCUGUGGCAUUAUCCCGUUCCUGGAUUUUUCCUGCUUGCACAAUUUUGUCUAGGAAUUCUGGUGGCUCUGGGAAAUCUUGUGAGCAAUUCUGUUUUUCUGUACCUAUCUGAUGAGGAUGGACGAUCUUCAAAUGACAACUGUACUGUUGAAGUGAAGGAAGAGACCGAGGUAUUGAUUGUGGCUACAAUUGCUUGGGGACUGCGCAAAUGCUCUCGAGCUGUUGAGUUGGUGUUGAUAUUCCUCAUUGCCAUGAAACCUGGUUUUGUCCAUGCCAUAUACAUUAUAUUCUUUUUUAUAUAUCUUUUGAGCCACAACAUCAGCAAGAGGAUACGGCAGUCACUGAUUCUUCUUUGCGAGGCUCAUUUUGCAAUAUUGUACAUUCUUCAGCUUAGUAUUAUCUCCAAAUCUUUGGAGCAAAAAGGAUCUUUGAGCUUGGAAAUUCUAUCUCAGUUAGGUCUCCUUGAAAGUGAGAGUUCCUGGGAUUUCUUGGAAAUAGCUUUGCUUGCAUGCUUAUGUGCGGUUCAUAACCAUGGUUUUGAAUUGCUAUUUUCAUUCUCUGCAAUUGUGCAGCACGCCCCUUGCCUUCCAGUUGGAUUUAGCAUCUUGAAAGCUGGUUUGAACAAAUCAGUUCUGUUGUCAGUUUAUGCCUCAUCAACUGUCAGAGACAGUCCUAAUGAUAGUUCUUAUGAGAGAAAGAUAGCUCUGUACCUCAGUGCUAUAGGGCAGAAAUUUUUAUCCAUGUAUCGGUCAUUUGGGACCUACAUUGCUUUUUUGACUAUUCUUAUCAUGGUAUAUCAAGUGAGACCAAAUUAUGUGUCAUUUGGGUACAUUUUCCUUCUCCUAUUCUGGAUCACUGGUAGACAACUUGUUGAGAAGACAAAACAACGCCUAUGGUUUCCACUGAAAGCUUAUGCAGUUGUGGUUUUUAUCUUCAUCUAUAGCUUGAGUAUUUUUCCUAGCUUUGAGAUGUGGCUGUCUGGCAAGAUAGAUCUUUCUAACUUGGGGUAUGAUACUGAAGCUUCACUGUUGGAUAAUGUUUUGGAAUCUUUAGCAAUCAUGAUAGUGAUGCAACUUUAUAGCUAUGAGCGGAGGAAAAACAGGUAUAUUAGAUCAGAUCAUCCUGAUCCAUUGCAAUGUGGAGUACUUGGGUUUAUCAAGCGGCUUCUGAUUUGGCACAGUCAAAAGAUUUUGUUUCUCACAUUAUUCUAUGCAUCUUUAUCUCCAAUAAGUGCAUUUGGGUUCUUGUAUCUUCUUGGUCUUGUUAUCUGUUCUAAUUUACCUAAAGUUUCCCGAAUCCCAUCCAAAUCAUUCUUGGUUUACACAGGAUUUUUAGUUUUGGCUGAAUAUCUAUUUCAGAUGUGGGGUAAACAGGCUAAGAUGUUUCCUGGACAGAAACACUAUGAUUGGUCCUGUUUUUUGGGUUUCUGGGUAUUUAAGCCUGGCUUUUGGGGCCUAGAAGCAGGCUUGAGGGGAAAAGUUCUGGUGAUUGCUGCAUGUACCCUUCAGUACAAUGUCUUCUAUUGGUUGGAAAAGGUGCCAAGUACCCUUCAAAAUGCAGGAAGAUGGGAAGAACCUUGCCCAUUGUUUGUCUCAGAAGAAGAUAACUUCAUUUCCAUUUCCAAUGGGGAAAUUAAGCCAUCAACAGAUUCUAGUGCACUAUCUGCAAAAAGAAUGGGGGUGGCAAGCAAUUCAUGGCCGUCUUUGAAUUGUGAUUCAUCUCAAUCACCUCACAAUGUGUCAUCUAAUACCAGAGUCUCCCGGGGUAGUAGCAGUAAAAAGUAUUCAUUUGAGUAUAUCUGGGGAAGCUCUAAGGAGAGCAAUAAGUGGAACAAGAAGCGGAUUCAUGCCUUGAAAAAUGAGAGAUUUGAAACACAGAUGACUACCUUAAAAAUAUAUUUGAAGUUUUGGAUGGAGAAUAUGUUUAACCUCUUUGGCCUUGAGAUAAACAUGAUUGCAUUGCUUCUUGCCAGUUUUGUGUUGUUGAAUGCUGUUUCCAUGGUAUUUAUUGCAUUACUUAUUGCUUGCAUUCUUUUGGAUCGGCAUAUUAUACGUAAACUCUGGCCGAUAUUUGUCUUUUUGUUUGCCUCUGUUCUCAUCCUUGAGUACUUCGCUCUCUGGAAGAAUGUUGUGUCAUUGAAUCGAAAUGGUCUGAGCGAGACUAAUGUGCACUGCCAUGACUGCUGGAGAAGUUCAAACUUGUUUUUCAAUUACUGCAUAAAGUGUUGGCUGGGACUUAUUGUUGAUGAUCCUCGAAUGCUUAUUAGCUAUUUUGUGGUCUUCUUGUUUGCAUGUUUCAAACUUCGUGCCGAUCACAUUUCUGGAUUCUCAUUGUCACUUACCUAUCGCCAAGUGAUGUCUCAACGUAAGAACACUUUUGUUUGGAGAGAUCUAUCUUUUGAGACAAAAAGCAUGUGGACUUUUCUUGACUAUCUCAGGCUUUACUGUUAUUGUCAUCUGUUGGAUCUUGUGCUUGCUCUGAUUUUGAUAACUGGUACCCUUGAGUAUGACAUUCUGCACCUUGGGUAUCUUGGUUUUGCUCUAGUUUUCUUUCGAAUGAGACUCCAAAUACUAAAGAAGAAGAACAAAAUCUUCAAGUUCCUACGCAUGUACAACUUUGUUGUUAUUGUUCUUUCUCUUGCCUUUCAAUCUCCCUUUGUGGGGGAUUUCAAUGUUGGGAAGUGUGAUACGAUUGAUUACAUUUAUGAGGUGAUUGGAUUUUAUAAAUAUGACUAUGGAUUUCGGAUUACUUCGAGAUCGGCUUUUGUUGAGAUCAUUAUUUUUAUGCUCGUAUCACUGCAGUCAUAUAUGUUUUCUUCCCAUGAGUUUGAUUAUGUGUUCCGAUACCUAGAGGCAGAGCAAAUUGGUGCCAUUGUCCACGAACAAGAGAAGAAAGCUGCAUGGAAGAAGGCUCAAUUACAGCAUAUUCGUGAAUCUGAGGAAAAGAAACACCAGCGUAACUUGCAAGUGGAGAAGAUGAAAUCUGAGAUGCUCAACCUUCAAAUCCAGCUUCAUAGUAUGAACUCUACUGCUACUUUUGGGUGCAUUUCUCCCAGUAGUGAAGGCUUAAGAAGGAGGAGGAGUACUUCUCUUUAUUCAAAUAAAGAUGCUGGAAACUGUGAAAGAAAGGAAGAUUUUGUCAAGAAACAGGAGCUCAAUAUAGAUGCAGAUUUGGUAUUUCCAUUAGAAUUGCAUGAAUCUCCUACUAGUAUAAAGACAGAGAGUCCAUCAGCAGUGGAUUCUAGAAAUCAUUUAGUGCAAUCACCUCGUUGUGAGAUCAUUGAGAUUGAAGAGGAUGCUGCUGAUGGUGCGUUUAUUGAUUUAGGCAAAGAAAAUAAAGCUAAAGGCCAUUUGAAAGAAAAUCCAUUAAUUUCAGCGGUACAGCUCCUAGGUGAUGGUGUUUCCCAAGUACAGUCCUUGGGAAAUCAGGCAGUUUCAAAUCUUGUGAGCUUUUUGAGUAUUUCGCAUGAAGAUUCUGAUACAAUGGAGCACUCUUCUGAUGAAACAGGGACUCAGGAUAUGAGGCAUACACCGCCUUUGGAUCGUUCUUCUUCUCUGCAGUCAGAUAAAAGUAGAACCAUGUCUGAUGCUUCAAGUCUGCAGAUUGGAAUUAUCUUCCGUCACAUAUGGUCCCAGAUGCGCUCCAAUAAUGAUGUCGUGUGUUAUUGUUGCUUUGUUUUUGUCUUCCUAUGGAAUUUCAGUUUGCUGUCUAUGGUAUAUCUUGCAGCUCUGUUCUUGUAUGCUUUAUGUGUAAAUACUGGUCCAAGUUACAUCUUCUGGGUUACUAUGUUAAUCUAUACAGAAGUGUAUAUCUUGCUUCAGUAUCUGUAUCAAAUCAUCAUCCAACACUGUGGGUUGGAAAUCCAGUCAACCCUUCUUAAUGAGUUGGGCUUUCCUACCAAUAAAAUCUCAUCGUCAUUUGUUAUCAACACAUUGCCUCUAUUUCUAGUGUAUUUGUUUACACUCAUACAGAGCUCUAUAACAGCAAAAGAUGGUGAAUGGAUUUCCUGGGAUUAUGAUAUUUGUAAAACGAGAGUUAUCUUUCAGAAAAAGGUGCUUUCGAGUCCUAGCUGGAGUGAGAGGGCAAGGAAGCUUCUGCAACCAAUAACAAACGUGGUGAAAAUGAUAGUUAGGAGCUUCUCUACCUACUGGAAAUCACUAACACAAGGAGCAGAAUCUCCUCCUUACUUUGUUCAAUUGUCUUUGGAUGUUCAUGUGUGGCCAGAGGAUGGGAUUCAACCACAGAGGAUUGAGUCUGGAAUAAAUCAGGUGCUUAGAAUUGUGCAUGAUGAGAGGUGUAAGGAAGAAAACCCAAAUAUUUGCCUUUCUGCUAGUAAGGUUCACGUUCAAAGCAUUGAAAGGACAGAAAAUUCAAAUGUGGCCUUGGCUAUUUUUGAGGUUGCAGAUUGGUAUGAGUCAUUAACUCCAGCAGCUGAUGUAGCAAAGGAGAUUCUUCAUGCACAACGUGUGGGUAUUAUUGAAGAAGUUGGAUUUCCAUAUCCUAUACUCUCUGUAAUUGGAGGAGGUAAAAGAGAACUCGAUCUGUAUGCCUACAUAUUUUGUGCAGAUCUGGCUGUUUUCUUUCUGGUUGCCAUUUUCUACCAGUCUCUCAUAGAAAACAAAAGUGAAAUUUUUGAGGUAUAUCAGCUUGAAGAUCAAUUUCCGAAGGAGUUUGUAUUUGUUUUAAUGGUCAUCUUCUUCUUGAUUGUGCUUGAUCGCAUUAUCUACUUCUGCUCAUUUGCCACAGGAAAAGUGAUCUUCUAUCUUUUCAACCUCAUCCUCUUUACAUAUUCCAUUACAGAAUAUGCUUGGAAUAUGGAACCUUCACACCAAGAAGCUGGAGGAUUAGCACUUCGUGCUAUAUAUCUAACAAAAUCGGUUUCUCUGGCCCUGCAAGCCAUACAGAUCAGAUAUGGUGUUCCGCAUAAAAGCACUUUGUAUCGGCAGUUUCUGACCAGCAAAGUUUCAAGGGUUAAUUAUAUAGGCUACCGACUCUAUCGUGCUCUGCCAUUCCUUUAUGAACUGCGAUGUGUGCUUGAUUGGUCUUGCACAACAACAUCUUUGACAAUGUAUGACUGGCUGAAGUUGGAAGACAUAAAUGCAAGCUUGUACCUUGUGAAAUGCGACACCAUCUUGAAUAGAGCCAGCCAUAAACAAGGAGAGAAGCAGACAAAAAUGACUAAAUUCUGCAAUGGAAUAUGUUUGUUCUUCAUAUUAAUCUGUAUCAUUUGGGCUCCUAUGCUGAUGUAUAGCAGUGGCAACCCUACAAACAUUGCAAAUCCCAUCAAGGAUGCCAGCUUUCAGCUUGAUAUUAAGACAUCAGGUGGAAGGCUGACUUUGUUCCGGACAACUUUGUGUGAAAGAAUCUCAUGGGACAAGCUCAAAACAGUUGCUAAUCUUGAUCCUCAUGGUUAUCUGGAUAUAUAUGACAAGAGUGAUAUCCAAGUAAUAUGCUGCCAACCCAAUGCUAGUAUUUUGUGGCUUGUCCCCGAUGUGGUUAUUAACAGAUUUAUCCAGUCCAUUAACGGGAGCAUGGAUAUCAUAUUUACUUGGGUACUUUCGAGGGACAGACCAAAAGGCAAGGAACUUGUGAAAUAUGAAAAUUCUGUUGAUCCUUCGAAUAUUUCAAAUCAGUCAGAAGUUGAGGAAGUUCUCAGAGGUUCUACCAACAACUUUAGUAUAGCUAACAUUUACCCAAGAUACUUCCGGGUUACAGGUUCUGGUGACGUCAGACUUUUUGAACCAGAGGAAAAUUUGGUUAGUGCAGAUCUUGUUAUACACCGUGGAAGUCCUGAGUGGUGGGCCUUCCAUGAUAUCAACCCACUGAAUGUAAGUGAAUGUGAAGGUUUGGAAGGACCAACGGCCAUUAUUGUGUCCGAGGAAACGCCACAGGGUAUUAUUGGGGAGACUCUUAGCCAAUUCAGCAUUUGGGGUCUCUACAUUACCUUUGUGCUUGCGGUUGGUCGGUUCAUCAGACUUCAGUGCUCCGAUCUACGAAUGAGAAUCCCUUAUGAGAACCUUCCUUCGUGUGACAGGUUGAUUGCUAUCUGUGAGGACAUAUAUGCUGCAAGAGCAGAGGGUGAGCUUGGAGUUGAGGAGGUCCUCUACUGGACACUAAUAAAAAUUUACCGGUCGCCACAUAUGUUGCUUGAGUAUACCAAACCUGACUAGAUUCGGCAAUUCAGGCACUACCACGGGCUAUAACAUCAGAGUUAAUAACUGACAAUGAUAGGAUGAUUAACAUCCAGUUACUGUGAAUAUAAUACUAGCAGAUACUGAUUCUUUCGUCUUCUUGGCUUCAAAAAGUGCUCAGACGUGUACCAAGUUUUCAGGCACGGGAUGUUUUGGACAUUUUGGUUGGUUUGUUGGGAAAGUGUUCAAGAUAAAGGUAUAUGCAGCAUCCUGUUUGUUGUGGGUUGCAUUGUCCUGUAAUUUUUUUCAAUGUAUGUAUGAAAAUAGCUGACAAGUCAGCCAAGUUGAGCCACCGGCUUCAUGUAACGAUGAUGUUAAUCCAAUAUUUUAUUAUUCAAGAUCAGAGUGUUCGUGUUUCUUU